AUGGUGAAUGGUACAAACACAAGUGGUUUUGGUUAUGAUACCUCCACUCAUUCUGUAACAGCUGAACCAGCGGUUUGGGAUUCUUACAUACAGGUUCAUAAAGAGGCAGGAAAAUGGAGAAAUAAGAUAUUUCGUCAUUACGAGGAUUUAUGUAUCAUUUUUGGAAAGGAUAGAGCUCAAGGGAAUAAAGCCAAGGAUUUUGCCCAAAUGGAAGAAGAUGCAAAUAAUGAAGAACAAUCUGAACAAAUAGAAGAUGGUUUUGAAGAACAAACCAUAAAAAAUGAAGAAUCUCCAAACAUAGGCUCAAAGAAGAGAAAAAGAGUUGAUGUCCUUAUUAAAGGAAUAACUAUUGCAGCUAAUGUCCUUAGAGAAAAAGUUGAAAAAGCAGCUAAUAGUAUGAAUCAAGCAAUACUAGGAGAAACUGAAGUACAAAAAAAAAAAGCUUCAAUCGUGAUUCCUGAAAUUUCAAAAAUGCAAUCAUUGAGUACCUUGGAUAGGUUCAAAGCAAGUAGGAAAAUAAUGCGUGGUCCAGAAACCAUGUUAAGUUUUUGGAAUUUGGAAGGAGAAGAUCGGAAGGGUUUUGUGAGGUUCAUGUUAGAAGAGUGA